UGGGCGCUGGGCGCGCAGAGCGGGCGCUGGGCCGCCUUCCUGCAGCGGCACCGCCUGAGCGGCGAGGAGGCCGCGCGGCUGCUGCUGGACGCCUAUGAAUACAGAGGCUUGGUCAAGCACACUGGAGGCUGCCACUGUGGAGCUGUCCGCUUUGAGGUCUGGGCAUCGCCAGAUCUGCACGUUUUUAACUGCAAUUGCAGCAUUUGCACAAAGAAACAGAACAGGCACUUCAUCGUCCCAGCUUCACGUUUCAAGCUGCUCAAGGGUGCUGAAAACCUGACCACAUACACCUUCAACACGCAUUGUGCUCAGCACACCUUCUGCAAAACCUGUGGUGUGCAGAGCUUUUAUACUCCCCGCUCUAAUCCAGAUGGCUUUGGAAUAGCUCCCCAUUGCCUGGAUGAGGGCACUGUGCACAGCAUUGUCCUGGAGGAUAUCAAUGGCAAAGAGUGGGAGAAGGCUGUGAAGGAACAUAAGACCAUCAGAGACAUGUCAAAACCCUGAUGUUCCUUCCCAGCAGCUGGAUGUGGAGCAUCACCAUGAACCUGUGGUGAGGGUUUGCAAAAUCAGCUGCUUUGUUGCCAGCACUAUCUGCCUUCUGUU